CUCGCUCGCAGCACGGCGGCUUCUGGUUCCGGAGUCGUGCAGAAUGAGCGAGUAAACGAGCGGUGGCUGCCAACUUGGGGCAAGUUGACAGUUCCUGAAAGUUAACGAUUAACUCUUGUCGCCUGCCAGAACUGGGCGGUAAUUAUUACGCUGGAUAAACGCACGUGUUUUUCCAUUUUAUUUUUAAGUACUUUGUUUCCCGGGCUCCAUAAAGCUGACCUGUCACUAGCCGAGGCGGCGACUACGGCUGCUGAACGCCGCGCACAUGGCAACCGGUGUUAAAAAUAGAAGAAGCGAGCCGAGGCGGGCGCGGAGCUAAAGCAGAGAGACACGGAGGGCACACUGGACUCGCUGUUGUUCCCCUUUUUUUUCCUAUGCACCCCUGUGUCAAAAAAAGGCUUAGCUUUGGCCACUCGAGAGUACCAGAAGUGACCGAAGAGCAGCCCAUCCGGGAGUUGGGCCCGUCAUCCACAUUUAGGGGCAUGAGCAGGUAACCUUGGUCGGGCGACCCGCUGCCCGUCAUGUCACUGCCCUCACCCGUACAGAUCAAGGAGGCCAACGCGCACCUGGUGGCGGUACAUAGGCGGGUGUCAGAGCUGGAGCGGCGGUUGGACGUGGCAGAGCGCACAGUGCGGGAGCAGGCGGAGAGUCUGAUCCGAAAAGAUGAGCAGCUGCGGGCGGCGCUGCAGGAGGUCAGCGAGGCCAAGGAGAGGGAAAUUGCUUACCUCCAUGAAAAGCUGUGCAAGUCGGAGGAAACCAUUCAGAAGUUUCAGAGUCUUGUCAAAGAAAAGGAUGGACUAAUCCAGCAACUGAGACACAGAAGCCAGCUUUUGGACAAUAUCUGUAAGAGCCGUCCACUUCUAGACAACUUGUUGUCAUUCAUCUCUGAGGCUGAACGUUUGGGUCCAGUAACAGGAGGGGUGGAUUUGGCAAUGGGCAGGGCGAUCCUUGAUGAGUUGGCCGAGUCGAAUUGUAGUCCAGAUCGGGUUCCUAACCACCAGGAUUUCUCUCUCAGUGAAGAUGACUUGGAUGAUCAGGAUCUCGAUGAAACCAUGUUUGGGACGACAGUUUAAAAACAAACAAACACAGAAACAACAAAACAAAGCUGAUAUCCCUUGGUAACCUGAGUGAUAUGUAUGAUUUUUUUUUUCUUUUUUAAUUAGAGCACAAUGUUUAAUAUGUCUUGUGGAGAAAGCUUUUGGGUGCUUCUGUGGGUAAUAGUCUGAGUGCUAAGGGCCAAAAAUAUGCUCCCCAUCAUUAUAGGCAAAGAGAACCCAUUAGUUCAUUUGAUAAGCCAGAAUAUUUAAAUCUCUGGCUAUCAAAUCUUUUGCAACAGAAGACAACAUUAGCCAAAUUUGUAUUUGCAUGGCAGUUGCAUGAAUUAAUGGUACUUGAAAUGUAAUUAACUUCACUUUGUGUACUAAACAUAUCAAACUUUUUGGCUAAAAAUACUUUGGGUUGGAUGCCUUCAGGUCUCAAAUUUUCACAUUUGUUUAACAGUUCCUCCAGUCAUUUCAUUUACAUGGAGGAGAAAAGGGUGCUAGACUUAAAUGCUUGACAUUUAUUUAAAGAAUGAAAGUUGAUGGGGUGCUCGUUAUUGUAUUUAAUAAUGUACAGAGUGUUGUCUCUGGAUGACUAAUUCGGCCAGGUUACAUAUGUGCAAAUACCUAAAGUCUACGAGAAAGGUACCCACGUCCAGGCUUUCUGCAGCCCUGAUUCCCAUUGUCCUUUAUGAGCCUUAAAUAUUCAGUCAAAUGUGUACAAGACACAUUUAAGCAGAAUCAAUAUUUGAAAGUACAGCUUUAUCCUAAAUGUGGGGUUUCACGAGAAAUACAGUUUGUG